GGUAAGCGGAUGUGAACAGUGACCAAUAACAAUUUCCACUUUGGCGUAUUGUAAUUUGUAUUGUUGUUAUUUAGACGUUUAGGAACACACUGGAACUCGACAUAUUACUACUUUAACUGCACAGCAGCACUUAAUCUACUUCCCAAAUUCGUGUUUGAGAAAGGACUUGGUUGAUAGAUCUGAUCUAGGUAAGGCUAGCCUAGAUGCUAACGUUAGCUAACAAUGGCUAACUGUAUGGUUUUUCACACUCAAAUAGCCUCCGUCAUGGAGGUGCUAGCGAAUGCAGCCGUGGCAGACAUCUGUAAACUCGUAGACGACGAUUAUGCAGUGUUUCGUUUGGAAAUAACUCAAAGCCAGAAAGAAAACAGGGCAUUGCGGAGGAAACUACAGCUACUGGAACUAAAGGUGGCACGAGAGCGCGUUCUCCCCAGUCGUCCCAAAAGUGUCAACAUUCUUGACCGCUACAGAGGAAUGGCAAGAGGUGAAGGACAUCUCACUGGAGGCUACAGGAGCUUUGUGAAGCUAGCAGGACACAAAACAUGGAGAGAUGACCAACCAGUCACUGUUGAUGAGGGGAGUGGAACCUCAACCCAGGACAUUAUCAUGAUAGAGUCUGAAGAUGCAGAGGCUGCAGGUCUUGGGGUCAAGCAGGAGAUGACAAAAGGAGAGCACCCACGACACAGCAAAGACAACCAGACUGGAGCGCCCCCUGUAGCCACAGAGGAUCUCAACACUGCCACCACUCCCCACGCCAGGACCCAACACAGCAUCACGGAGGAGGAGGAGGGUCCAGAGGUGCUGCUGGUAAAGGAGGAGGGUCUGGGGAACCCUGAGGGGACAAUGGUCAUGGAGGACAACCAGACUACACCUCCUUCUGAACCCAUAGAGGAACCAGCUGAGGAGCACAGGACCACACACAGUCUCACUGAGCCAGUAGACAUGGAGGAUGGGAAGCCUGAUCUGCUGCUGGUCAAAGAGGAGACAGUAGAAGACGGACCAGAGAGCAUUGAUCUGCUGAGUGGACUAAAGAUGGGGGAGCAAGGUGUUUGGUUGGAAGCUAACAGAGGCGACUGGGCUGCCAUCUUAGAUUCCCAGAACCAGAGUGGUGCAGCCAUGGGCCCAGGGGAUGACAUCACUGAGCAGGCCAAGACCAGAGGCAGCAUUGUGGAAGUCAGUGGAUGGGACAGUGUCCUCAGCUCUGGUCUGGGGAACAACACUGUUAAGCACAACCAGAAACAGACAGUUGAACACAAAACAACAACCGAGCAAAGUCUCCAUGACAACAGAUUUGCUGAGACCAGGGCGAGGCAUAGAUUUGGUCUGCAGGGACUGGGAGGUGUCCAUAUGGGGCGGGAGAGAACAGACACAGCCUCGGCUAGCGAUGAUCCAUCCUGCUCCUAUAGUUGUGAUUCAGAGAGACUGACACCUCAGGUUACCCCCCUAACAGGUGCUUCCUUCAGCCUGCCUUCUAUAGGAUCUAUCGACUGGAACAUGGACCCAGCGACAACACAGACACUCCCUGGCCUUCAUCCUCCUCACACUCUCCUAAUGUUAAACCAGACCUCAGACAAUGCCAGUGCCUCAACACUAAAUGGCUACACAAGCCCAUUGACAAAUGACUGUAGUAGUAGCACUGUCAGCAGAUCCGGUGGCAAAAAUAAGUGCUUCCCGUGUUCGUUCUGUGGGAAAGCCUUCAGUUUCCCUAAACAGAUGGAGAUCCACCAGAGGAUGCACACAGGGGAGAAACCUUUUGGCUGCCACCUGUGUGAGAAAAGGUUCUCCCACCAGCACCACCUGAAGAGGCACCUGAAGGUCCACACAGGAGAGAGGCCAUUCGCCUGUACGCACUGCGGGAAGAGGUUCUCAGAGAGGAGCAAUCUCAGGAUACACCAGCAGAAAAUGCACAUGGCCCAUGUGUAGAGUAUAGUGACAUGUGAUGUAGUACUAGCUAGUUUGUUUGUAGUUAAUUCUGUUGGUUUAGGAUGUAGUAGGGAACUGGAUGAGGUGAACUGAGGAAAGAAUGAGUAUGAUGAGGCAGAGCAGAUGAUAUGGUGAUGAUGUCGAUAAAGUGACAACUAUGACCAUUUAGUUUGAUACUGGUGUUUUAUAGUGCCUUAAUUCAUGUUUACUUGACAUAAAGAUGUGUGUAAUGUAGUGUUGAACUUUUUCCAAAGUAUUCUAAAAUAUAUUUUAUCAAAGCGAGGGUACCAGAUUUACAGAAAAGGUCAAGUGUUACCAUAGUGAGAAGUUAUUCUACUUGUCAUAUAUUGGUUUGCAGAAUAAAAGUGCUGUACUUCAUGUUAUGUGAGUGCAUGACUAUUUUGUUGAAAUAAACAUUGGACUCUGUG